AUGCCUUCUAGGUCUGCCCAAACAUUGGAUGAAUAUCCUUCUCUACUGUGGAUAACUAUCCCACCAAUACUACUACUUUCCGCUUGGUUCGCUCGAAAAUGGUACAAGACUUAUCAACUCAAAGUGCAUGGUAUUGGGAAAGGCGCACCCGGAUUCCAGACCAACGUUCGCCGAGUUCGUAUCACCCCAGAGAUUGCCGCUAGAAUUCGACGAGGAGAGGAAGUUAGUCCAGAUGAAAUCGCAGCAGCAUCUGCCCUGGCAGGACAACAAGAGAUCCAAUCCGAUGGUCCCAGGCAAGAAUCCAUCAAACCUACGAUACAGGAAUCUGUUAGUAUCUCCACUCCCGCGAAUGAGUGGCUGCCGGAGGCGGUCACCACACCGAAGAAAAGAGGUAAAGGACGAAAGAAGUAG